AUGAAAACCGAGGUUGUCGCCAAGGUUAAAGAAGAGGUCCAGAAACAGUUGGAAGCAAAAUUCCUCGAAACUGUGGACUACCCCGCAUGGAUAGCCAAUGUGGUUCCCAUCUUGAAGAAGGACGGAAGGAUGCGAUAUAACCAAAUUUUGAUUGCGGAAGAAGAUAAAAAAAAGACUACCUUUAUCACGGAGGUAGGCACGUUCUGUUUCAUGGUCAUGCCUUUCGGUCUCAAAAACGCUGGAGCUACCUAUCAACGAGCAGUAACGAUGAUCUUACACGACAUGAUCCAUAAAGAGGUAGAAGUCUACAUAGAUGACAUGAUCGUAAAGUCUAAGGAUCGACGGGGUCAUAUUCCCAACUUAGACAAAUUCUUGCAAAGAAUUCGAAAGUAUCGGCUUCGACUGAACCCGAAGAAGUGUGCUUUCGAAGUCACUGCCGGUAAGAUGAUAGGAUUUCUCAUCACCCAACGUGGAAUAGAAAUCGAUCCCUCCAAAAUCGAGGCCAUUACGGCUAUGCCUGUACCUCGGAAUGAGCAAGAAGUCCGAGGCUUUCUCGGAAAAAUCCAGUUUAUCAGUCGUUUCAUCAGCAAACUAACUCUUACUUGUGAUCCUCUUUUUAAGCUACUGAAAAAGGAUCAGAAAUUCCAAUGGGAUGACACUUGUCAACAAGCUUUUGACAAAAUCAAAGACUAUCAAAAAUCACCACCGGUCCUUAUGCCUCCAAGGUCCGGUAUCCCUUUAAUUCUCUAUCUCACAGUGACAGACUCGGCUAUGGGUAGCUUGUUGGCUCAAGAAAACAAGGAUAAGGUCGAGACUGCCGUCUACUACCCAAGCAAGAGAAUGACAGGGUACGAAUUGAACUAUUCAACACCCGAGAAAGUGUGUUGGGCACUCGCAUGGGUCACCAAAAGACUAAGACAUUAUAUGCAAGCCCACCCCAUCAAGUUGGUGUCCAGGCUUGACCCAAUCCAUUAUCUAUUUCAACGUACGUUGUUGUCGCCUAGAUUCGCUAAAUGGAUGAUGAUGAUCUCCGAAUACGACAUCACGUAUAUGGCUCAAAAAUAUGUUAAAGGAAGUGCUAUUGCGGACUUCCUAGCAGAUCAACCUAUCAUAGUCGAGCCUUCUUUCGAACUCGACUUUCCUGAUGACUCCAUAAUGUCUAUAACUUCAGACACAUGGAAGUUAAUGUUUGAUGGAGCCUCCUCCAAGCAUGGUUACGGAAUUGGAAUUCUCUUAAUAGAUCCCCAAGGAACCUACAAUCCCAUCUCUAUUAAGUUAGAGUAUUCUGUAACCAACAAUGAGGCUGAGUACGAAGCAUGUCUCUCAGGUCUCAAAAUCGCAUACGAAAGAGGAGCAACUAAAUUAGACGUAAUCAGCGACUCUAAUCUGGUUAUAUCCCAAGUUAAUGGAACAUGGCAAGUACGAGGAGAAAAUCUCAAACCUUAUCACACUCGCCUACUCUGUUUUAUCGACAAUUUCGAUCAUGUGUCUUUUGUACACAACCCAAGAAGCCAAAAUCGAUUUGCCGAUGCUUUGGCCACGCUAGCAGCUAUGACCCAAAUUCCUGUUGGAAUUAAGGUCAAACCUCUGAAGAUCCGUCAGAAACGAAAAUCCGAUUUCGAAGUUGGAGUGGUAGCCUCCGUUCAAGUGCCCACUAAACCAUGGUUCGAUAUCCUUCAAAACUACAUUGUGUAUGGAGAAUAUCCGUCCCACUUCCGAGCUAAGGAACGAAGAGCCCUGCGCCAGUAUUCCACCAACUAUGCUUGGAUAGCUAAUAAGCUAUACAGACGAUCUUUUGAUGGUCAAAACAUGCUUUGCGUUAAUGGUCCCGAGGCACGAAGGAUCAUAGAAGAAGUACAUGCAGGUGUGUGUGGUCCACACAUGAAUGGACUCGCCCUUGCUAAGAAAAUACUCCGCCUCGGAUACUAUUGGCAAAACAUUGAGCAAGAAUGUGUCAGCUAUGUGAAAAGUUAUCACCAAUGCCAAAUCUAUGCUAAUUUAAAGCAUACUCCAACACCUCUGCUAUACUGCAUGACAUCACCAUGGCCCUUUUCGACAUGGGGCAUUGAUGUCAUUGGAAAAAUCUAUCCCCAUGCUUCCAAUGGACAUGAGUUCAUACUCGUAGCCAUCGACUAUUUCUCUAAAUGGGUCGAGGCAUCGUCUUAUAAGAUCCUCAAGUCUACUCAGGUAGCAAAAUUCAUCCGUGUUAAUAUCAUAGCUAGAUACGGAGUACCUCAUGCUAUUGUCUCGGAUAAUGGAAGACACUUCCAAGGAAAGGUUUUAUCCCUUCUUAAAGAAUUCAAGAUCGAACAUCACAAAUCUUCACCUUAUCGACCCCAAACCAAUGGCGCGGUCGAAGCGGCAAACAAGAAUGUGAUUAGGAUCAUCAAGAAGAUGACCAACACAUAUAAGGAUUGGCAUGAAAAGCUUCCAUUCACCUUAUGGGGAUAUCGUACGACUGCUCGAGCAUCGACAGACGAGACUCCCUAUUCUCUAGUUUACGACAUGGAUGCCGUACAACCCAUCGAGAUUGAAAUCCCCACACUGAGAAUCCUAUUGGAAUCUCACGUUGUUGAAGAAGAUUGGGUAAAAGCUCGAUACGACCAGUUGACAUUGAUGGAAGACCAUAGGUUGGAUGCGUUAUGCAAAACCCAGGCUUACCAGAAACGAAUGGCCGAUACCUUUAAUAGAAAGGUCAAACCCAGAAACCUAAAAGAAGGUGACCUAGUGCUCAAAGUAACCCGCGAACUGUUAGACCCUAGGGGCAAGUUCCGACCACGAUGGGAAGGUCCCUUCCUCAUCAAGAAAAUCCUCUCUAGAGGUGCGGUUCGCCUUUCAACAGUUGAAGGCGAAGAAUUUGUUGCUCCUAGCAAUCUAGAUGCCCUAAAACGAUAUUAUGUCUAA